CGUACAGAGAGCACGCGCGUCCACACUCCGGAAAAACCACGCGAAACUUUUCUACUAAAGAAAACCAUUUAAAAUAUUAUAUAAACGUUAUUUCUUAGUGAUAGUGGAUAAUAUAUACCUUUUAUAUUUCAAAAUGAUGUCUAUAGUGUUGCUUUUUAGGUAAACAUGUAAUUUUAGUGAAGUGAAAAAUGUGUCGAUGAGAAAACUGGAUUAUUUUCAUAGUUUUUUAAGUAAAUAGUUUAGUGAAAAUGUACUUUUGGAAGCAAAACAUUUUGGCGGUCUGCAUCUUCUUGCUGGUGAGGAGAUCGUCAUGCGCAGACGCCGGCGUGAUGGUGGAGCUGGUGCGAACCAACAUCACCAUUCUCAACGUGAAGGCGCUUCACGACGCCGGACACAAGUUGCACAAUAUUGAACACUUGGCUAUUAUUGACGCACCCCAAUUGGAGCACAUAGCCGUUGAAGAUCUGACCAAAAUGCCAAAGCUAAAAUCGUUCUACAUAACCCAGGCGCCACUCCUUCGAAGGGUGCCACCGCUGCCGUCGCUGCCUUCGCUGCGCACAUUGUACGUAUGUGUCUUGUGUAUACUUGUUAUUACCUAUUUCCCUGAGCAAAUGUAUUUGUUCCGCGUGACGUGGGGAAAUAAUUUCCCCAUCGUGACAUGCGAGCGGUUUAAACCCCAGAAUAAACGAGUGUUUGGUAUUCAGUGUCAGUGUUAAGUAAUACCCUAAAAUUUCUGAAUUUUACUUUAAAAAAUACAAAUAUGUUUGCACUUCAAACUCUCCAAAAAGAAAAAUACUGCAUACAUACUGCAAAGAAUAUCUUUGUGAAAAAAACAUUU